UUGAACUUCCGCCACUGGUAACAUGGCUGCGCCCGCAAGUACGGCGCAGGGCAUCUCUAAAGCGGAAUACUUGAAGCGCUAUCUGGAUCCAGGGAGUGGAGACGAUGGACCUGCCAAGAGGAAGAAAAAGAGGAAGAAGAAGUCGGAGGCGAAGGGGAUGCGGAUAGUUGAUGAUGACGCAGAAGACUGGAAGAAGAACCCAAUAAAAAAGGAAGAACCUGUGGAAGAGGAGGAUGACCAGCCGGUGGUGGCGCAGUUUGUAGAUGAACGUCCGGAGGAGGUCAAGCGCAUGGAAGAGUUCAGGAACACCAAUAAGUGGAAAGUAAUAAAAGGUGAUGAGUCCCCUGAAGAAGAGCAAGAUUCAAGGGCAGGAGAAGAUGUCUCUGCCGAGGCUAAGACGACUGAUCAUAGGUCUCCUGACUAUUCUCCAAAGAAAGGCAGGGAUGAUUCUCCAGACCCUUCUCCACCUCAAAGGACCAGGCAUGACUCCCCAGACCCUUCUUCACCUCAAAGGACCAGGCAUGACUCUCCAGACACUUCUCCACCUCGAAGGGCCAGGCAUGACUCUUCAGACCAUUCCCCUCCUCCAAAAAGGAUAACUCCCCCCCAAAAAAAGGGCAGACGAGAAUCUCCAGAUGCCUCACCUCCCAGGAGAAGGGGCAAACAGGUCUCUCCAGAUGCCUCACCUCCCAGGAGAAGGGGCAAACAGGUCUCUCCAGAUGCCUCACCUCCCAGGAGAAGGGGCAAACAGGUCUCUCCAGAUGCCUCACCUCCCAGGAGAAUGGGCAAACAGGUCUCUCCAGAUGCCUCACCUCCCAGGAGAAUGGGCAAACAGGUCUCUCCAGAUGCCUCACCUCCCAGGAGAAGGGGCAAACAGGUCUCUCCAGAUGCCUCACCUCCCAGGAGAAGGGGCAAACAGGUCUCUCCAGAUGCCUCACCUCCCAGGAGAAGGGGCAAACAGGUCUCUCCAGAUGCCUCACCUCCCAGGAGAAGGGGCAAACAGGUCUCUCCAGAUGCCUCACCUCCCAGGAGAAGGGGAAGACAGGGCUCUCGCGAUGCUUCUCCAGCCAGGAGGGGAAGAAGGGACUCUCGAGAUGCCUCUCCACCCAGGAGGGGAAGACGGGAUUCUCCAGAUGCCUCACCACGCAGGACAGCCAGGCUGGAAUUACCAGACACCUCUCCACCCAGGAGGAGCAGACAGGAUUCUUCACCCAGGAGGGUCAGACGGAACUCUCCAGCUGUCUCUCCACCCAGGAAGGGCAGAUGGGACUCUCCACCUGCCUCUCCACCCAGGAGGGGUAGGCGCGACUCUCCACCUGCUUUUCCACCCAGGAGGGGCAGGUGGGACUCUCCAUCUGCUUUUCCACCCAGGAGGGGCAGGUGGGACUCUCCACCUGCCUCUCCCCCCAGGAGGGGCAGAUGGGACUCUCCACCUGCCUCUCCCCCCAGGAGGGGCAGAUGGGACUCUCCACCUGCCUCUCCCCCCAGGAGGGGCAGGUGGGACUCUCCACCUGCCUCUCCACCCAGGAGGGGCAGGUGGGAUUCUCCACCCAGGAGGGGCAGGAGGGACUCUCCACCUGUCUCUCCACCCAGGAGGGGCAGGAGGGACUCUCCACCUGUUUCUCCACCCAGGAGGGCCAGGCGGGACUCUCCUGCUGCAUUUGCACCCAGGAGGGCCAGGCGGGACUCUCCUGCUGCAUCUCCACCCAGGGGGGGAAGGCGGGGCUCUCCAGCUGCCUCUCCACCCAGGAGGGGCAGGCGGGACUCUCCAGCUGCCUCUCCACCCAGGAGGGGCAGGCGGGACUCUCCAGCUGCCUCUCCACCCAGGAAGGGCAGGCGGGACUCUCCAGCUGCCUCUCCACCCAGGAAGGGCAGGCGGGACUCUCCAGCUGCCUCUCCACCCAGGAAGGGCAGGCGGGACUCUCCAGCUGCCUCUCCACCCAGGAAGGGCAGGCGGGACUCUCCAGCUGCCUCUCCACCCAGGAAGGGCAGGCGGGACUCUCCAGCUGCCUCUCCACCCAGGAAGGGCAGGCGGGACUCUCCAGCUGCCUCUCCACCCAGGAAGGGCAGGCGGGACUCUCCAGCUGCCUCUCCACCCAGGAAGGGCAGGCGGGACUCUCCAGCUGCCUCUCCACCCAGGAAGGGCAGGCGGGACUCUCCAGCUGCCUCUCCACCCAGGAAGGGCAGGCGGGACUCUCCAGCUGCCUCUCCACCCAGGAAGGGCAGGCGGGACUCUCCAGCUGCCUCUCCACCCAGGAAGGGCAGGCGGGACUCUCCAGCUGCCUCUCCACCCAGGAAGGGCAGGCGGGACUCUCCAGACCCAUCUCCCCCUGGAAAAGUCAGAAGACUUACUCCUUCUCCACAAAGACAAAAGCAUCUCAAUCCUAACAAAAACAGUAAAUCCUACUACACAGACUCCCCAGAUGUUUCUCAUAAAGAAAGGAGUGACACAGGUUUCGACAAAGGAUCGAAACGUGAUGUAAAGAAGUCCCUUCGAACCUCUCCACAUUCCUCGUUGCGGCAUGAUUCUGAUUCAGACCUUUCUCCACUUGGGAAUAGAGCAUCGUCACCACCACGAGACACUCGGAAAAAAGCUGCGCGACAGAAGGACUCGCGCUCAUCACCUCGAAGAAACACGCAACCUAAAGGCUCAGACUCAGACAUAUCACCUCCUCGCCAAGCACAGAGAGGAGACUCUGAUUCAGACUUGUCACCACCACGACGCAGAGGUGAAAAAAGCGGUGGCUCCCAGAUGCUCUCAGGUGGCAAGGCUGGCCUCGUGUCUGCAAAGGUCCUAAGAGAAGAGAAAGAAGAACAGAGGAGAGCAGAGAAAAAUAACAAGAGCCUGGAAGAUGACUCGAGGAAUACAGAGACCGUUUUUCGAGACAAAAGCGGCAAACGCAGAGACUUAAAUUCUGAACGGGAAGAGCAACUGAAGAAACAAGCCGCGCAGGAGAAGAAGGAUGAGAUGUAUGCCAAAUGGGGCAAAGGUUUGGCCCAACACGAGCAGCAACGUCAGAAUUUGCAGGACACUGCCCGAGAGAUAUCGAAGCCUCUUGCUCGAUACAUCGAUGAUGAGGACCUGGACCGCAUGUUGCGUGAACAGGAGAGAGAGGGAGAUCCUAUGGCGAAGUUCCUGAAAAAGAAGAUGGAUAAAGAAAGCUCCGGAAAGAAAGAACGCCCAAGAUACAAAGGUUCUAAUCCUCCAAUCAACAGAUUUAAUAUAUGGCCAGGGUAUCGCUGGGACGGUGUGGACAGGUCCAAUGGAUUUGAGAACAAGCAUUUUGCAAGAAUUUCUGAACAGAAAGCUGUGCAGGAGGCUGCUUACAAGUGGAGCGUAGAGGAUAUGUGAAUUCACUUGGUGUCAUUGGUCAGAGCACUAGACAGGACCAUGUCGUACAGCAAUGCUCUGUAUGUGUCUCUACAUUCUCUGUAUUACGUGAGAAGCUUACUGUAUAUCAUGGUAGCUACCUGAGCUGUGAUUACUGGUAACGUGACGUCCUCCUCCUGGUCGGCCUGGCAUCCCCUGUAUUUCUUGUUGGUGAUUUUUUUUUUUUUUUUUUACCAUUACCAGUUGUUAUUUAUGCAGUUUCUGUUUUACCUCUCAGACAUGUCAUGGACUCCUGUAUCCGUGUGUUUACUGAUGGACUAUUACAGAGCCGUGGUUUAUCUACCCCAUGGGUAUGCAUCACUACAUGGGCUCCGCUCAAUUCUAACAGGAUGGAAUUCGGUUCAUUUAUUAAAGGGGGGGGGAAUUCCGGAAUUUUUUGUAGAAGUAUUUUAGCCAAAUUCCCUUCCCAAAACAGUUCUUUUAACGGGGAAGGCAUAAUGAUUUCCAGUAUGCACGACAUUACGUUUUGUUUUUUGUAUUCCCGUUCAUGUACAGUUGUGAUGAUGGUUACCUGUAGUUACAUGGCGGCAUUACUGCAGUUAUUGCUUGACAUGCACAUUUCUAUUAUUCCGGUUUUAAUGAGAGAACAAACAGAAAAUAAAUUGUUUAUA